CUUCCGUCGCAGCUUCUCAACCGACAAGACUCUACAUUUAAUUUCCUUGUCCUGUGCCAUUUUCUUGAAUCAGCGAUGAGCUAAUACAUUAGUUUUGUUAAUGGCAACUUAGUCCAUAUAUCUUCAGAGUCCCGAGACGAGGCGAGUGUUGUUUGAUGUUCGUGCUUUGUCUCCUGGGGUCAGUCCUGUCCCGUAGAUGGUCUUCCUAUGGAAUGAAUUCAUUGUCUUAUGUUUGGUUAUGUAAUGCGAAAAUAGUCAUCUUGUGUUUUAAUGGAUAUGGAACACCGAGACAAUGUUCUGUUGGAUGACAUGCCGACCGCCCUGGUUGGCCGCUUUGCACCGCCAUUGGAGACCUCAAUGGAGCUUGGCUGGAACCAGUGUCCUCAUCGGAGCUCUGCCCGACUCCAAUGAUGCCACUGGGAACCCAACCUUAUGGAGGUUGCAUCCGGCAUUGGAUGCCGGUGACUUAGCUCGAGUUCCAGCCAAUGGUGAUGGUUGUUCUGGAGGAUGCGGUUGCAGCAAAGAUGGAGGCCAUUUGUACUUCUUCAUCUUCGUCGAACUCAAGAUUUUUGAGAAACUUUCAUAUUCCCACAUACAUUCUUUUGCCCGGUUCAGAGAUCGAUACUGAUAAUGCAGAUUGCCCGAUAUGCCCGGUAUUGGUGUUCAUCAACUCAAAGAGUGGGGGUCAGCUCGGGGGCGACCUCCUCGUCACUUACCGGACCCUUCUAAGUGAGCAUCAGGUGUUUGAUUUGACGCAACAGGCUCCUGAUAAGGCGUUGCGGAUGAUUUAUGUAAAUCUGGAAAGACUGAAGCUCGAAGGGGACAAGCUCGCUUCCAAAAUCGAGGAGAGACUGAGGAUUAUCGUUGCUGGUGGAGAUGGAACAGCAGGUUGGCUUCUUGGAGUCGUUUGUGAUCUGAAAUUACGUCUUCCACCUCCAGUUGCUACCAUGCCCCUCGGGACCGGAAACAACCUCCCAUUUGCAUUUGGCUGGGGGAAGAGAAACCCCGGGACAGACCGUUGCUCAGUGGAGACGUUCCUCGACCAAGUCAUGAAGGCAAAGGAAAUGAACGUUGACAAUUGGCAUAUUCUGAUGCGGAUGAAGGCUCCUAAAGAGGGUUCGUUCGAUCCCAUUGCGCCCCUUGACCUGCCACAUUCUCUGCAUGCGUUUUCUCGUGUUUCUACAACGGACGAACUGAGCAUGGAAGGUUAUCACACGUUUCGAGGCGGAUUCUGGAACUACUUCAGCAUGGGAAUGGACGCUCAGGUAUCAUACGCAUUCCAUUCCGAGCGCAAGCUGCAUCCUGAAAAAUUUACGAACCAACUGGUCAACCAGAGUACUUACAUGAAGCUCGGAUGCACACAAGGAUGGUUUGCUGCUUCUCUCUUUCAUCCGGCUGCUGAGAACAUUGGUCAGCUCGCCCAGGUGAAGAUCAUGAAAAACGGGCACUGGCAAGACCUCAGCAUACCUAGCAGCAUCAGGUCGAUCAUAUGCUUGAACUUGCCAAGCUUUUCUGGAGGACUAAACCCCUGGGGAACUCCAAAGGCCAGGAGAUCUUGUGAUAGAGACUUUACUCCACCAUAUGUAGAUGACGGCCUUAUUGAGGUCGUUGGUUUUAGAGACGCUUGGCAUGGGCUCGUACUGCUUGCCCCGAAUGGGCAUGGGACUCGUCUUGCUCAAGCCCACCGAAUCAUGUUCAAGUUCCACAAAGGUGGGGCUGAUCACACGUACAUGCGGAUCGAUGGGGAACCUUGGAAGCAGCCACUGCCAGUUGAUGAUGAGACUGUGGUAGUCGAAAUCUCCCAGCUGGGCCAAGUUAAAAUGCUUGCAACCCAAGACUGCAUUUCCAGGAGCAUCAGCAACCCAUUAGCGACAGGUUCCCAUCAUAAAACCGAUGAGGAGGAUGCCGAUGAAGGAGAUGACCAUUCCUUGCAUUCAUCAGGGGAAGAGUGGAGGAAGUUCGGGGCUGCAGAGACUUUCAAACUUCCCAAUGGAUUUGAUAUUACUCAUCUCAGUUAAGCUAUGGAAGGCUGACUUCUAGAUGUUUAUAUUCAUUCUGAAGGCAUUCUGUCGUUGUUCUAUUACAUCUUUUACUGUCAAUAAACCCGUGAAAUUUACGAUUAUUAAUCAUCAUUAAGUUGCAAUUUUUGUAUUUUCGAGUU